UUUAAGCCGCGUGCGCCUGUCGUCCGCACCUCGCGCGCUCACCUGCCCUGGGACUUUGAUUCGUACCGCGGACCUCGAGCCGUUCUCCUCGCCAGGUGAUGGAUUAACUGAAACCUCCGCUACCUCGGGAAGGUGCGGCUCCUUCUUCUCCCUCUUCUACCUUUUUCCCUUUCCUUCUUUGCGACGCUUUACGAAGUUGUUCUACAUCCAGGACCGGCCCGCCCUGCGCUCAGGAGGAGAUUAGAGGAGGAGAAACCCCGCCGCUCGGAGAUGAAGACACGUCGCCCUGGUCGUCUUCAGCAGAACGAUGGAUGGACAGGAAGUGGAGCGGGACAGUAAGCGGCGCCCUCAUGGAGCCCUGAUACGCAGGGCAGAGAGCAGGUAAAUGGAGGGGCAGGACAGGAGCCGCUCCCCGUCCCGCAGGGCCAGCCGGGUGGAGCAGGUGGUGGGACGGUGGCUGAGACGGUCCCGAGACUUAGGCAGCAGGUCUCACUCUCUGAGCAGAGAUCGGGCUGCGGUGGAUGGGAAGGCAGCAGAGUCCAGCGUCUGUGAUCAGAGGAAUUAUCCUUUCCGCUUCAGUGUUCAGAUCCAACUGGACCCAAACCUCCGCUCUCAUGGACUCACUCUUUCCUCCCAGGUCCCCAUCCUGGUGCAGGACGUCACCCCAGGUGGCCCCGCAGAUGGUCGGCUCGUCCCUGGCGACCAGCUUGUGAAGAUCAAUAACGUCGCUGUCGAUGACCUGACCCCAGAGCAAGCUGCUGAAAUAAUCAGGGAGUGUCAAGACACGUUGACUAUGACCGUCCUCAGAAUAAUGGUGGGCCCAAAGUCAUCAUUCAUCACGCCAGAGAAGAGGGCUAAGCUCAGGUCCAACCCUGUGAAAGUCCACUUUGCUGAGGAGGUUGAAGUCAAUGGACACUCUCAGGGGAACUCGCUGCUCUUCCUGCCUAACGUGCUGAAGGUGUAUCUGGAGAACGGGCAGACCAAGGCCUUCAAAUUUGAGCCCAGCACCACAGUAAAGGACAUUGUGAUGACACUGAAGGAAAAGCUUUCUCUGAGCCUCAUCGAGCACUUCUCCCUGGUGCUGGAGCAGCAGCACAGCAUCAGCAAACUGCUGCUGCUCCACGAUGAGGAGAGGAUACAGCAGGUGGUCCAGAAGAAGGAGGCCCACGACUACAGAUGCCUGUUCCGUGUUUGUUUCAUGCCCAAAAAUCUCCAGGUGCUGCUGCAGGAGGACCCCACCGCCUUCGAGUACCUCUACCUGCAGGGGGUGAAUGAUGUGCUGCAGGAGCGCUUUGCAGUGGAGAUGAGGUGUAACACGGCCUUGCGACUCGCUGCGCUGCACAUUCAGGAGAGACUGGCGAGCUGUGGACAAUCAUCCAAGACCAACCUGAAGAUGAUCACGAAGACCUGGGGCAUAGAGAACUUUGUGUCAUCCACCUUGCUGAGGAACAUGCGAGAGAAAGAUCUGAGGAAGGCCAUCAGCUACCACAUGAAGAAGAGUCAAUCGCAGCACAAUCCCAAGCAGAAGAGCCUGCCGGUCGAUCAGGCGCGCAUCAACUAUCUGGAGGAGCUGAGCGAUCUCAAGUCAUUUGGCGGGAAAUCCUUUGGCGCCACCAUGAUGCUCCAGGACAGGGAGUCGAUGGUGACUCUGUUGGUCGGGGCACGCUACGGGGUGAGUCAGGUUGUCAACCACAAGCUGAGCAUCCUGUCCACACUCACAGAGUUCACCAGCAUCACGCGCAUCGAGCUGCUGCCUGAAUCAGACAAGGUCAGCCUGGUGAAAAUAUACCUGCAGGACAUCAAGCCCAUCACAUUACUAUUGGAGUCAGCUGCUGCUAAGGAUAUGUCCUGUCUAAUAGCUGGUUACUGUCGAGUGUUUGUGGACCCCAACCUCAACAUAUUUCCCUGGAUCGAAGGCUCCAAGAAACACAGAGUCUCUGCUGAGGAAGGUUACGUGUCGCGAUGUGCGAGUGACUCAGACGACUCUUCAGACUUGGACAUGGAACCGCUGGUCCACCUGGUGUCUCAUGACGAGAAACCUUGUCCUCGUUUGAGAUCAUCGUCAGACCCUGACGGACGAAAAAGAAAAACCAGAGACAGGAGGGGAAACAAAGACAGCAAAGAGAAGGAGGAUAGAAAACUAAAAGAAGAAAAGGAUGCUAACAAUGAAAAGUCCCCAGUAGAUAAGAACAGAGAGGGCAAGAAUGAAGAGACAGUAAGACAUCAGGACGAUGGACAAAUACAAAUCAAGGUAACGCACAAUGACUCGGGGGGACAAGUUGGACAAGAAGUUCAAGCAGCAGAGGAGCAGCCGUCUGUAUCUGAAGCAUCGGAUUCUUGUCAGACUGACUCUCGCGUGAUCACCAGCCCCUCCAGUGACUCUCUCGACGCCCUAGAGGAAGACGACUUGGUUUCGUGUUCCUCUUCCUCCGUUCACCCGAAUAGUUCCUCGCGCUCCUUCCAGCUUCACCCGUACUCUCACAGGCACCUUCAGCCUCACCUCCUCACCCCUCCACCAGCUCACUGCCAUCCACUCAUCAACUUCUCACCUCACGACAGAGAAGGAGGCACCUGCAGGAGGUCGGGCGAUGGAGCAGAUCCCCAGCUGAUCCAAAACUCUUCAGACAACCUCUGCUCUGAUGACAGCUCCCUGUGCUUUGCCGAGCUCUCCCGUCUUGUGGACUUCCUGCCGAGCCCUCCGGAGGCUAGUGAGGAAGACGACGACGAAGAAGCUGAGUUAAGGAGGAGAAGGAAAUUGUUGAAAGAAAUGGACGGGGUGAUGAGCGGAGCAGGCGAACCAGAAAGCAUGGAGGGCGGUUUACAUCCAAUGUCCCUGUCCCCGUCCUCCACCUCCUCCCACAUGGACUUUGUGUUUAACUUUGACCAAAGUGACGCUCGCUGCUACUACAACCUCUGCUCCAACAUCACCCCCGACAGCGCGCGCAGCCUUGCCCACCCUCAGCACCAUGACAAGGAAGAAGAGUGGGUGGAGAUGGAAGAGGAUGAGAGUAAGGCUGACGACCUGGAGGUGAUCCCCAUCCUCCAUCCACCGCCUGGCUUCGGAGACAGCAGCUCUGAUGAGGAGUUCUUUGACGCCAGGGACCGCUUCACCUCGCCUGAAGACCCGAGCUCAGGGGCCGUGCCAAGAGAUAUCUCUGUGGUGGAUGCAAACAAAGAUGGAAAUGCACAAGUAGACAGUAAAGGAGGAGAGGAAGAAGGGGGAGGCAGAGAAACAUUAUUUCAGCUCAGAAAAAGAUCCCGGAAGCGGCGAUCCUUCAUGGAAACCGAUUACACCGCCAGGGUGUCGUAUCCAGAACCUGAUUCUAAAUCUAAGCAGGACCAGGCCUCCAGCAGGAUUCAUGAAAACCUCUUGGCAGAAGCCAGUGAUGCCCAGAUACUCAGUUCAGAUCCCGAACCUUCAGAGCAAACACAAAAUCCCAGUCCCACCGUCUCCUCUCUCACUCACUCUGAAGGGGAACCGGCUCAACUCGAGUCAAAACCCAUCCUGUCAAAGCUCUGCUUGCAUGGACCAGGAGAACAGACGAGAGUCUUAAAGUCAACCUCCAGGACCAGGAAGCAGGACAUGGAGAUGGAACCUGACACAAUGGAGUCCAAAUCAGUCACGGAUCUGGUUAAGCCAGCGUCUCCUACCAUCACUGUGGUCCGCUGCCGGGUGGAUCCAGAUGGGAAGGAGAGUGCUGAUCGGAGGGGUGACGGAAAGGAGGAAGUGGAAGCUGAGGAGGAGAUGAGUGAAGGAAAAGAGAAGGAAGAGAAAGAUGAGUCAACAGCUGUGGCAGGAAAUGGGCCUUUCACUAGUCAUAUGUUUUUGCCAGAGGAGAAAGGGAGGAAGGAAGAGGAGAAGAAACAGGAAGUAAGAGAGUACUCGUCCAGUUUAACGAAACCGCUCACAGGUCCUGAAAAGCCACCAAAAGACAGCACACCAAACACAUGUUUAACAGAUGAGAAUAAAACGAGUAGUAACGGCCUUUUACUAUCCCCAGACUCUGCCCCAGAGAUAAACUCAUGUGUAGAAAACGAGGUCAAUAUGCUUGAAAGUCCGCUUGACAAUUCAAGCCCUCCGUCAUAUUCGCCACCACCUCCUCCUCCUUCAACCCCGCUACCUCCAGUACCAGUUCUUCACAAAUCCCCGGCUUUGGCAAAGGAGGAAGGGGACAGUGAAAACGUGGAAACCUCAAACAAAAUUCUAGAUUUUGAAAUACAAAGUGGAUCCCACGUUCCAGAGACGAGUAAUCACACCAACAAAGUCACAGGACAAGUUACAACCAGCUCUACUGUGACUAGUGAUGACGUUACAGACAGCACCAACUCAGAUAACGUUUUUGAUGAUGAUGAUGAUGAUGAUGGUGAAGUGAGUAAUUCCGUAAAUGGAGGCAGUAAGAGAGUCAAAACGACUGUAGCUACAACAUAUAGCAUCGGUGGCUCAGCUGGAGGUAAAGCGAGUACGCCACCCAACAGUAAUAAGUCUCUUCCGAUGGCUGAAGCUCACACAAUAAUUCAUUCCGUCAACUCUGACUAUACUCGCGCUAUAAACUCUAUCACGGCGAAGCUUGGGGCUGCGACAAGUGCCACAUCGCCUACUUUUAAUUCAGGUGCUAGAUCAAAAAGCGAGGUCACACCUCAAAGUAUUUCAAAUCCAAAUGUAGACAAACCCAAAAGUGAUCCCAACACGCCACGUGUUGAAGUCGAAGAAAGUUUAGCUAGCCCUAGCUUAGCAAAGGCUAACGCGGCUACAGUCCAUAAUCUCUGCAGAGAGCCUCCUUCUCCGACUCAUUUCCUCUUCCAGACCUGUUCCCCAACUUUCAUGGGUCGACUGUCUGCAUCAACGCUUCGGGGAAAAAUACAACAGCUGCCUCUUUAUUUGUCGCGCUCCCAAGAAACUCUCAAUCAAGCCGGGGUUGGGAGUGUAGCCCCAAGUCCUGCUGAGGACAACCGCUGUGACAACACAGAGAUCACCAUCCAAGUGACGGACGUUCAUGAUGUCACACAAACCAUUAACUUAGAAGUGGACACAACAGCUGAGUCAGUGGAGUCGGAUGAUUCAGACACGACAGUCACAGGAUCAGACGUGGAUGGGGAGUUUUUUACAGAAGUAACCUCAGCAAAGAGUCUUAAUUCAGGACCAGAGGUAAAGGAAGUAAUUCCCCACUCGCCUGUCCAGUCUGAGCCCAAACCCCAACAUCUAAAUCAGCUUCUGUUCUCCGGACCUAACGAGAACAAACCGAGACCAGUAACAGAGCCUCCAGUCUCCAUAGCGAGCCUCCUCCAAAGAGAGAGCACAGACCUAAAGACGGACACUCCUGGCCCUAUAAAAGAUGCUCCUCAACCAAACAUCAAGGUCACUACGUCAGCUGAAGACAUCGCAGGCUAUAAAAUGAGCCACCAGUCACCUUCCACCUCCCCCCUGCUAGUGGUGACCACACAGAACUUAAACGGGCCAGGGAUUCCUUUUCAAGGAGAGCCACAGAUAUUAAGAAGGACCAGCAGCGACAGGCCUUUAAUGAGUCUUUGUGGGCCUUCAGAGCCGAAUCCAGACCCAACAAACACACCAUCCUCGGGCUGUAGAGUCUUUACCGUCUGUGAGGACCCAUCUCAGACGAAGGUCCCUGCCGACGUGGGGUCUGCUCCGCCUCUGAAGUGUGAGUUUAGCUGUGGCUCCGUACUCUCGUCCGGAUGCGAGUCCGUCGUAGAGGGGCUGCAGGUGCCGCUCGAUGCUUGUGGUUGCCCAGCGGUUUAUACCAACUGUUUCAGUGGGGGGGACAGCUUCGACGAAGAGCUGACGGUCUACGAGUUCUCCUGCCGCACGCAGAGCGGCGGUGUAACCCAGACUUCUGGAGCCGGUCUUCCUCUCAUCACCACUUCCCCAGUCCCCUCCUUUCUAUCCACCUCCUCCACCUACUCCCCCUCGUUUCCACGCUCCAUCAUUUUCUCCUCCUCUACCUCUGAGCUCAACCCUCUCCUCUCGCCGCUUUCGGACACGUCUGAUUGUUUCAUGUCUCAAACGCACAAGGACACCAUCAGUCAGCUGGGUCAGCAGCGCUACCCAGAACCUCCCACCGGCUUCCAGGUUCUCCGGGUGGACGUGGACCAGCUCCUCUCUAUCCUGGAAAGUGGCGGCGCCGACCGAUCCGGAGCCGGCUACGGAGGGCGCCACCUGAGGGACACCUGCCCCGUCCACUUUACGGAAAACAAGAGGGUGCUCCAGAUCGAGGCGCGGCGGCUGAUGUCGGGCUGCCAGAAGGUGGUGGGGAUCGGGCAGAGCCCGGAGGAAAUGCUCCACUCCCUGGCCGACAGCUUCCGGACCCUGGUGGAACUGGCGGGCAUAUGCCUCUGGUUCUCCGGCUGCGACAGGUGCGACCGGAGGAACGCGGAGGCGGUCGCAGGUCUGGCGGACGUGGCCCGGUCGUUCAGGGACUUCUGUCUGGCGGCAGAGCGCGCCAGCAGCAAACGCACCUGUCAGGACCUGAGCACCAAGCUCCUCGCCAAACAGUGCACGGCGCUCACCGCCUCCGUCUUCUGCCUCACCCAGCUGUUCCGCACCCUCACCGCGUUAUGAGUGGCCCGUGACUUCUGGUGGCUUCGGAGUGAACCUCGAGCAGCCUGUGGUGUGUCACCACAUCACAUCGCGAGGUCGCCGCUGAGCUCACGGCCGCUGCAGACGUGGACAGAGUGUGACCCGGAACGAUCGGCAUGUUUAGGGCAGGCAGUAAAGCUUGAGGUGGGAGUUCGGUGAAAGCUCACAAUAAACUCUCAACAUCGUAGAGCCAGUUUGCACUUUUUUGUGUGGUUUACAUGGCAGAAAUGCUUGAGGUGCAUGGUUUGACUAUAUGCUGCACACUUACUGUAGGCCACAAACCAGAGCGUCAGCCAACAGCCAGACCGUAGAGCGGUGCAAGCUGCGAAAAAGCAGAACCUGCUUGAUUUCCAGUAUUGGGGAACUGAUGUACUUGAAUGUAUUCUACGUUACCUGUUCUGUUUGUUUGUUUAUUUAUUUAUUUAUUUUAUUUAAAUUGAUGAGGUACUACAGUGUCUCUGACUGAGCAAGGAAUGUCAAGGAAGAAAUUUGGAAAUGUUUACAGGUGUAGCUUUAUACAGAGGAGUUUACACACACACACACACACACACACAGAAGCACAUGCAUAACACACAGAGUAAAUCUGUCUUUGAUUCCUCCAUUCAAACUCUGGCCUUUUCUUCAACUGAUGUUUCCUCUGAUCUUCUGCAGUUUACUGAUGCUCACAUACUGUAUUGCGACGUUCCCUCGGCCAUCAGCGUCGAGGUGAACGUCGCUGUUUACAAAACCAAACAGAAACUAGCGUGAGAAGUGAUUUGAUCAAAUCAAGCCUGAAGCUGUUUGCCAUUUUAUAAACCUACUAGUGGAAUGCUGAUGUAUGCGCGUCAUAUGACUUUGUGAAACAGCGGUCUGCGUGAGGACAGUCCUUUACACGUCCAGUUUGUCGUUUUGCACAGACAUUUGGUAACAUUUACAGCGACAUGAUACAUUUGCUAGCUAACGUCCUAUUUAUUUGCCAGCACUUUCUAUCCCCACCUGCAGUUAAAAAGACUGAACAUUAGAGUGCAUGGAGACAGUGCUGUCAGCGUUUGUUUAUUUUUCUAUUUAGUGUCUGCUUUGAAUCUCCGGCCUAUAGGAGAGACUUAUCAAUAGAUAUUUACGGCGUGUCGCAUAGUUUUAUGGGACUUUCACAAGUUUCAAACAUUGUUUUAAACAUCAUAACAAUCUGCACACCUCUGUUUGAACUCUAGGGGAAGUCUGACGUAGACUAACCUGUCCCUUACACUAAGUGCAUUAUUACUACUGAUUUCCCAGUAUGACCGCAAAUCGUAGUAAACCAGAGAGAGAAUUCGGCCACAGAUUUCCCAAACACUGCAGGACGAGCUUCUCCAGCCUUUUGACUGACGCGUGUGUCAAACUGAUCCGGUCAUUUGUCGACAGCUUUCUUGUCAGAGUCACAAAAUCAUGUAAACACUGAUUUGCAUAAGGCUGUUAUUGUGGUUGAGCUGUUGCAUUUCACUUGGAAUGUUUCUUAAACUAAAAAGGUUCGAUGCACACUGGACCUGCAUGUUCACUGGAGGAACAGAAGUAACUUCACUCCUUCAUGACUGGGGACACGAUAUACUGUAAAUGGUGUUUCUAGUUACAGUGGCAGUUGAAACACUUUUAUUGUUCACUUGUACCGUUUUUUCCCCCAUUUGGUUGCAACAGAAUAUCAUUUCCUGUAUUUUAUCCCUGAUCUGCAGCAAAGAAGAAAGGAUUUUACCCUGAUCUCCACGCGGAAACCGGCCCAAAGAAAUGAUGGCAAACCUUCUCUUUAAAUCUGAUCUGUGCUCACACAGCAUGCUGUAAUAAGCCAUAAAACGCAUCAUUGUUUCAUCAGGGAUUUUAUCUGUGAAUGACUGAAUGAUGAUGUCUGCUCUUGCUUUGUAAUGCGCAACUCCCACCAUUAAAAACAAUGUUAAGAUCUUC